AUGGAUAUCAUUGACAAUGCCGGUGGGAACUGUCAUCUCACAUUUAUCGUCCGCGAUGACUUGUACAGCCAAGCAGACGUAGAGCAAUUUGCUAAUAGCUAUGCCUUCCUUGCCAACGCCUUUGCUGCACAGCCAAGUUCAACUCUGGGCGAGGCAGACGUGUUUUAUGACGAUGAAAUGGAGGAAGCACUGAACUUGGGCAGAGGUCCGCUGUACCAGCCGCGAGAGCCUUGGGAAAGUGCGAUCAUCCAUCGAAUCGACGAUAGGGCCAAGAUACAUUCUAAGAGAAUAGCAGUAAUCGCUGGGGACGGCAGCGUCGCAUCGUAUGACGACAUCGUACACAACAGGGUUGACGCUAUAGCUGCAAAACUUGAGUCUAUCGGUAUUACGACCGGUUCACGGGUAGCAGUAUUGCAAGAGCCAACACCUGACUGGGUAUCUGAAGUGGGGACACCAUGGGCUCGGGCGGUUCUUGUGAAUGAAGACACAAGAGGUCAGGUGCACAAGUUACACUCCAACAUGAAAGUUGUGAGCAUCUCGAACAACAAACGUCGUCCGGGGUAUCGAACUCCGAUCUGUGCGUUGCCAGAUACUGUAUCUACGAUUCUUUACACUAGCGGCUCUUCGGGAACGCCUAAGGGUAUCGUGCUCACGCACCGGAGAAUGAAAGCAUGGCUCGAGCCUUGCGGGAUGCUGUAUGGCAUGAGGACAAGCGGUGAGGUCAUCCUGCAGCAAAGCUCGCAGCGCUUUGACAUGUCUCUGAUGCAGAUAUUUACUGCCUUGUGCUUCGGUGGCAGUGUAUGCCUCCUCCCACAAAUAUUCCGUGGCGACGCCCGUGUCAUCAGCGAGACCAUCACACUGCCCAACUACAAUGUGUACAUCCUCGAAGAGCAAAGAAGGCCCCUGCCGGCAGGUCUGCAAAGGGGGAUAUACAUCGGAGGAGCCGGUGUUGCACGAGAAUAUUUGAACAAUCCAUCACUGACGGCAGAGAAUUCAUGUCCGAUCCAUUUGCCACGGCUGAUGACCGAGCCAGAGGCUGGAAUAUGA